CACAGAGAUGACGUCAGGGAUGACGACAUCUAGUCCGCGCCGUGGGUCGAUGCAGUGAUGGCUUCAGAGGACGAGGUCAGUCUUCUGGUCAUCGUUUUAGACGUGAAUCCAAUAUGGUGGGGCCAGCAAACUCAACGAGAACCAGAGUUCAACCUGUCCAAAUGUCUGGAUGCUGUGAUGGUCAUGGCAAACUCUCACCUGAUCAUGACCAGGACCAAUAAACUGGCCAUCAUCGCCAGCACCUGCCAGGAGAGUCAUUUCUUGUUUCCCAAUAAGCUCUGGAAGGGUGAUGAUGUCGGUGGGGAUGACUCGGCGGCUCCCUGUGGUGAUGGCAAAUACGAGCUCCUGUCGGUGGCCAACGAUCAGGUCGCUGAGGAGAUGAGGGCUCUCAUCGCACGCACGGAGGUGAGAGGUAAUCAGACGGACACACUGUUGGCUGGAGGACUUGCCAAGGCCCUGUGCUAUAUUCAUCGUCUUUCAAAACAGUCAGGGGGUGGACAGGACAUGAAGUCUAGAAUACUGGUGAUAAAAUCAGCACAAGAUUGCGCUUUGCAGUACAUGAAUUUUAUGAAUGUGAUCUUUGCGGCCCAGAAACAGAGUGUGCUUAUAGAUGCCUGUGUGCUAGACUCAGACUCUGGACUCUUACAACAAGCUUGUGACAUAACAGGGGGAAUGUACCUCAAGAUACCACAGAGGGUUGCCCUCACACAGUAUUUGCUGUGGGUGUUCCUGCCGGACUCUGAACAGCGCUCCCAGCUGGUUCUACCUCCCCCGGCCCACGUGGACUACCGGGCUGCCUGCUUCUGCCACCGCAACCUCAUCGAGAUCGGAUACGUCUGCUCCGUUUGCCUCUCCAUAUUCUGCAACUUCAGCCCGAUCUGCACAACAUGCGAAACUGCCUUCAAGAUCCAGCUACCUCAGCUGGUGAAAGCCAAAAAGAAGAAAAUCAAGCCAGCGACGUGACCAUCGGGCUAUUCCCAUCAAAGACUGUGUUUUUUUGGGUUAGUUUAUUUGUUUGUUUUUGCCAUGGCGACGCCUCAGUUGUUGUGCUAACUCUCAGGUGUGGGAGGCCAUGGCGUGAAAGCCGUGUAAUUGCGAAGGUGUCAUAUAC